CGUUUCUUCUUCCGGCACUGAGCAGACACGAUGAGCUCGGAGAACGAAGACUCUUCAGCUGUGCGACGGCGCGUGUCCUGCACCAAAUGCUUCGACGCUCUCUGGUUCUGCUACUGGAUGUCUAGAUGGUCCAACAUUACCAGCAAUGGCGAUGACACAGGAAAAGAUUUGGCACCGUUUUACCAAAUGCAGCAGUAUUACCGGGUUGGAAAGCUUGAUGAUUGUACUAAGAAGUUCUCUGAUCUCUUUGAUUGUCUUUCCUUGAAGACAAAAAGAGCUUCUGAAGUCGAGAAAAUUCUGGAAGAGCAAGAGAAAGCUGCUGCGGAAAAACAUAUCUGGAUUAUGCGAACUCAAGAAGAAGCUGUAAGUCAUUGGAAUGAGACUUUUGGGCAUUUGGAUGAUCCAAAUUCUUAGAAGGUACAGUUUCACGCUUUAGAUUCUCUACUGCAUUCUUGACGGAGAUUUUUACUUCCAAGAAACUCGAUGUCUGCUAGAGAUCUGCAGAUUAUUCUGCCGGAUAGAGCAAGCUUUUUUGUCAUCGCUUACCAUGAACAUUUUGAGCAAACUUAAGUUAUACCUCAAUCUCCAAAGAAGCGUACCUCGAAAGAUGGAGGGAUAUUUUGAGACCAUUUAUUGGACUGUGGAUGUAUUUGGUUGAUUGGUAACAACAGAAAAUACAUUGCUAAAUAAAAUCUCACUUCUGUU